AUGGCCGACGUACGCGAACAUUGGAUUGCCUCAAUCCCGGGAGACGGAAUAGGAAUCGAAGUCAUCGAGCAAGCGCACAGAGUCCUUAAACAGCUCGAGAAGCUUUCGAAGACAUUCAAAUUGCACAUCGAUACGUUCAAUUGGAGCUCGAAUGAUUACCUGAAGACAGGGGAGUAUAUCCCCGCAGACGGACUCAAAACUUUGAAGAAGUACGAUGCGAUCUUGUUCGGCGCUGUGGGAUCUCCUGAUGUUCCCGACCAUAUCUCUUUAUGGGGGUUGAUCCUCCCAAUUCGCAAAAUGUUCAACCAAUACGUCAACCUUCGGCCGAUCCGUGUUCUCCCCGGACUAAGCUCCCCACUCAAGCACAUCGAUGCGCAAGACCUCGACUGGGUCAUCGUCCGCGAGAACAGCGAAGGCGAAUACGCAGGCCAGGGCGGCACCACCCAUGACGACACUCCGUACACCAUUGCCAACGAGGUUGCGGUUUUCACAAGGCAAGGCAUAGAGCGCACUAUACGUUUUGCAUUCGACACAGCGUCGAGUCGGCCACGGAAACAUCUUACACUGGUGACGAAGAGUAAUGCGCAAAGACAUGGGCUGGUGUUGUGGGAUAAGAUCUUCUAUGAGGUGGCAGCUGAGUACCCUGACGUUAAGACCGACAAGAUGUUGGUUGACGCCAUGACGGUACGAAUGGUUCUGAAGCCGAGCACACUGGACACUAUCGUGGCAACAAACCUCCACGGCGAUAUCCUUUCCGACCUAGCUGCGGCGCUCUCGGGCAGCAUCGGAGUCGCCCCAUCGAGCAAUUUGAAUCCGACGAGGGAGUUCCCGAGCAUGUUUGAACCGAUCCAUGGGAGUGCUCCGGACAUUGCGGGACUUGGUGUCGCGAAUCCGGUUGGGACAUUCUGGAGUGUUGCGGAGAUGUUGAAGUGGCUUGGUGAACAAGAGGCUGGGGAGAAGUUGAUGAAGGGCAUUGAAAAGGUGACGGAAAGUGGGUUCAAAACCAAGGAUAUAGGAGGAAAUGCAGACAUGGUUACAGUGACGGAAGCAUUGCUUCGAGAACUAGAGAAUAGUUAUUAAUGGGUGCGACAUUUUUCUCUCGGGAUUAAUUAGUUUUGAAAUCUGC